AUGCCUAACGCAAAGAGCACCAAGCGACUCAAGGGCAAGGGUGCGGCAAAGGCCCAACCACCUGCGCAGACGACCGUCGAAGACCAUCCCACACCCGCUGAAAUCGAAGAGGAGGAACAUGCUUUUGUGCGGCUUGCUCGGAAGCAUUGGCUGAAGACAGGGAAGAAGGCAGCGCAACCUAAGGUGAAGAACGAUGUCGUGAAGCAAGGGAUAUGGGAUGUUCUCGACCGCGAAGGCUUCCAGUACAAGUCAUUGCGCCUGAUUGAGAGCCUCCAGACCUUGGAAAGCUACCUGUGGCCGGGAUAUACGGAGGAUUCGUCGAAUUUCCACGUGCUGCUCAUUGUUUUGAUCAUCAACGUGAAAAGACGCGAGCAUCUGGAGACAUGGAGUAUCUUCGAAGAGCGGCCAAUCGAAUUUCCCUCCCUGUUUCGCCGAGUGCUAUCGAUGAUACUUGACCGAUCCCUUUCCAUCCCCGUCAGAACUCACCUUCUGUCGUUCCUGAUACAUGCCUUCCAGAGCCUUGACUGCACAAUCAUCCGCAAAGAAUGUGCCCCUUUGGUAUCGAUUGGCAUUUGGCACAAUCUCUCCAACGAGAGCGCACGCGAGGCGCGGCUGAACGAAAAUGCACAUCUGAGGAAAGGGUGGCGGGCAACGCUCAAGCGAUAUGACGCUGCAGACGAUGCAUCCAAAGCCAAGCUUCGCUUUGAAAGGUCUUGGCUGUACACUCUGUUGCUGGACUUCCUUGCCACGUUGUUCAGCGGCUCAGGUACGUCCGAGGAGACGCUGUAUUGCGAGCGCUUCACCGAAUUCAUUUCGGAUCUGCAGAGCCAGCUACCUACGCGACGUUUUUUCAACACCUUGUUGCACGACUUGCAUCUUUUACCUGCCAUGAAGCUUUCUCCGAUGUACAACGAACAAAACAACAGCCUUCUUCGCGAACUACACUCAUUGCUUGUUCACUACACCUACUUCACCAUUGACGACCAGACUGGCGCGCAACUCACACGCUCAGAAGCGUACGAUAAGCAUUGCAAACGGCUUGGGCGCUUGCAGCGCGUCGCAUUGAAACACUUCAAGGACAAACUCGCAGUUCUCGCACUCUCAAACUAUGGGGCCAUUGAUAAGAGGGAUGAGCUGGAGUCACUACUGCAGCCGUUGACAGACGCCGAGGUAAUGCAGCUGCUUUCACUCCUGGACUUGAGAGUGGAGUAUCCAGAUUCAGUCAAUAUCCCCAUGGACAGGAAAUUCUUCAUGGAGAUCAUCCUCUCCUCCUUCGAAGCGCGGCCCACUUUCCAGGAGUCGACGCACAGAAUGGGACUGACUCCGACGGAACAAAAUCUUUUCGAUGAGAGCUUCCAACGCGCUGACCUGUAUGAUGGAUCCCGGCCGCUCGCCUUGCCCAAACUCAAUCUUCAAUACCUAUCCGUCGGCGACUUCCUCUGGAGGGCACUAAUCCUAUAUCGCCGCGAAGCCUUUUAUGGCAUUCGCAAGGAUAUUGACACAGCUUUGCGCAAGCUGCGCCCAGAAUCCCAAAAGCCUGGAGACACAAAAUUUGCUGGGUUUUCGAAGAUGGCAUUGCCAGUCGACCGACCUUCAAUCCUUGAGGUUGUACCCCCAUUGGUCGGCGAAGAGUAUCCUUCCGUCGUACGUGCCGAGGUGGCCGUGGAUAUCCGGCGGGUAGGAGAUGGAAUUCGUAAGGAAUGGGACUCGUUACGACCGGACGAUGUGGUGUUCCUGCUGGCAAUUGAGCCCCCUCCUGCGGACUCUCUGACCAACGGCGCCGACGUGAUAUCCGAACACGAAAAGAUGGGUAUUUCGCACGUGCGCACGGCAGUCGUUACUCAGAUCACGGACGACAAAGGUCGCCAUGUCAGAGACGGCUCGGCAGGGUUGGACGGCAAGCGACGCAUUCAGUUGCGACUCGACCCAAAGAACUUCGCCCUGGAUACCGAAAAGACGGAAGCAGGGCAACCCGACCCAUAUGGGAAGAUUAAUAUCAUCCUCCGCCGUGGCAGACGCGAGAACAACUUCAAACCUGUUUUGGAGUCCAUUCGGAGCCUGGUUCUCUCAGAAGUACCUCUGCCAUCUUGGCUUCACGAAGUAUUUUUGGGCUACGGCGACCCCGCGGGGGCGCACUAUAAACAUAUGGCCAACAGAAUAAAGAAGGUGGACUAUCGCGACAGCUUCCUCGACUGGCACCAUCUGAUUGAGAGCUUGCCGGGCAAAACUGUUGAACCCACCGACGAUGCGUCAGGGAGCUUUGCACCCCCUUAUGUCCUGGAGAGCGUGGAACGGACAGAAGACGCCCCGGUGCAGCAGAAGAAGCCGUCCAAGAAGCGACGACGCGAUGCUGAUCCCGUUCCUAAGAGGGAUGUGGAGGCAUUCAAGGUCUCUACAUACACACCUCCGAAUAGAGGCCCCUACGAGGUCGAUGCACCUCGUCUGAACACAAUCCGCUUCACACCUGCUCAGACCGAAGCUAUCAUGUCUGGGUCUCAACCAGGCCUGACAGUCAUCGUUGGUCCCCCAGGUACGGGCAAGACCGACGUAGCGACGCAAAUCAUCAGCAACAUAUACCAUAAUUUCCCCGAGCAGAAGACUUUGCUAGUGGCGCACAGCAACCAAGCGCUGAAUCAACUAUUUGCCAAAAUUGCCGCUCUGGACAUCGACGAGCGGCAUCUGCUGCGCCUGGGCCAUGGUGAGGAGGAUUUGCUGACAGAGAGCAACUUCAGUAAACACGGGCGUGUCGAAUCCUUCUUGCAAAAUCGGGAUACAUAUCUCCAAGAAGUGAAGCGCCUUGCCACGAGCCUUGGAGCACCAGGCGCUCACGACAACUCGGCUGAGACAGCUGGAUAUUUCAAUACUGCGUACAUUGAACCGGCAUGGUCCAAAUUCCUACAGAUUGCAAACGCCCAGGAGUCGACUGUUGCGGAGAUCAUCACUGCCUUCCCGUUCCAUGAAUACUUUGCGGACGCGCCCCAACCCUUGUUCAAUCCAGAAGCAGAACGAACGCAGGUAUUGGAUGUUGCUCAUGGCUGCUACCACCACAUUUCCAAGAUCUUCACCGAGCUCGCGGAUGUUGUGCCAUUUGAGAUUCUACGCAGGGAGCGGGACAAGACGAAUUACCUGCUUACCAACGAGGCCCGCAUCGUUGCCAUGACCACGACACAUGCCGCCAUUCGGAGGGGUGAAAUCGCAGGACUCGGUUUCCACUACGACAACGUUAUAAUGGAAGAGGCUGCUCAGAUCACCGAGGCGGAAACCUUCAUUCCGCUUGCGAUGCAGAAACCCGUGGAUAACGAGCUCCAGCUGCAGCGAGUUGUACUUUGUGGCGAUCACUACCAGAAUUCCCCAGUCAUACAGAGCCUGGCGUUCCGACACUAUGCCAACCUGGAGCAGUCACUCUUCUCACGACUGGUGCGACUCGGUGUGCCAACGAUCAUGCUCGAUCAGCAGGGUCGCGCAAGACCGUCAAUCGCCAAGCUUUACCAAUGGCGAUACCCCAAACUGGAUAAUCUACCCGACGUGCAGAAUCGACAGGAGUUCCUGAAGGCCAACGCUGGAUUCAAGUACGAUUUUCAAUUUAUCAACGUCCCCGACUACAAAGGAAAGGGCGAAGUCGAGCCUACACCGCACUUCAUACAAAAUCUUGGAGAAGCGGAGUAUGCAGUUGCCAUCUUCCAGUAUAUGCGGCUACUGGGUUACCCAGCAGAGAAAGUUUCCAUUCUCACAACCUACGCUGGUCAACGUGCGCUGAUCAGAGACGUACUGAACCACCGAUGCGCGAAGAAUCACAUCUUUGGCAUGCCCAAGGCUGUGUCCACCGUCGAUAAGUACCAGGGCGAACAGAAUGACUACAUUAUCUUGUCUCUUACGAGGACAUCGAGGGUUGGAUAUCUACGAGACGUGCGUCGCAUGACAGUAGCUGUCUCCCGUGCUCGUCUUGGCUUAUACAUUCUCGGGAGACGUGAGGUGUUCGAUGCGUGUGCGGAGCUCCGACCAGCUUUCGACCUCUUGCUAGAGAGGCCAGAUAAGCUGAUGCUGGCGCCUGGUGAGCUGUGGCCAUCGAAGAGGCUCAUUGCGGAGGAAGACGGGGCUCUGCCCAACGAGGUCGCCAUGGAAAAUGUCGAGCAUCUCGGUCAAUACGUGUAUGAGAUGACAAAUACUCGGGCCAAGCAGCUACAGACUGAGCAAGGUGGCCCGACGGUCACAACGAUCCCAGAGGAGAAUGGGGAUGGUCACGAGCAAGGAACAUAUGAUGGGGAGGAAGCAGAGGAUUUGGAGCCGGAUAUCCACGAAGUCCGCGAGGGCGAAGCUUGA